AUGGACCUCCAGCCAACCUCGUGUGUCUUCCCCGACGCGCGGUGCCUUGGCCAGACCUGCGGAGACUUUAUCCGCACCUCCUGCACCAGCCCCUCCCUCCAGGGACUCUGGGCCGGCCACACCUGCCCGCAAUGCCGCGGCUGCUGCUCCGUGCAGCCGCCGCCUUCGCCUCCCGCGGCCCCGCCGCCGCCGCCGCCGCCUCCUCCCGCGGCCCCGCCCUCGCCAGCGGCCCCGCCGCCGCCGCCUCCCGCGGCCCCGCCCUCGCCUCCGACCCCGCCGCCUCCGACGUCGCCGCCGCCGCCGCCGCUCGCCCCACCCCCACCCUUCUACGCCGACUUCGUCGAGAUGCUCGACGGGACGGUGCGGACGGGGUACGAGACCGUGGCGCCCGUCGUCAAGGAGCUGGAGAAGGAGCUGGGCGCGCUGCUCCCUGAGCGGUGGGCCCAGAAGGUCGCCGAACACGGGAGCGCGGUGCGCGAGUGGAGCCUGCGCCCCCUCGGCGACUCGCUAAAGCUAAACUUGGACGACCGGAACCGGACAUCCACUCCGAGUGCUCUCCCCCCUCUCCUUCGCGAUCUCGCUAAAGCUAAACUUGGCCGAGACAUCCUCGCCAAGUCCCCGCUGAAGUUGGCGCUGGGAGUAGCCGGGUGUCUCUUCCUGGCGCUCUGCUUCUACCGCUGCUGCUGCCGGCGGCGCAAGCCGCCUCACAAGCGGCUCGUGGAGCCCGACGAGGAGGAGGCGCGGGGCGGCAUGCCAAGUCCGCGGCCGAAGCGCCGCUCCGAUGCCCUUCAUUGGCAGGAGCUUAGGAUGAAGGAGAUGGGGGGGCUGGUGAUGCGCUGCGUCUCGCCGGUUCCUCUUUUCCGCGCCCCCCCCGCAAGGCGCGCGAUACACUCGCCGUGA